CUGACGACCUUUCCGACGACCCUCACGACACCCGUCCGAGUUCUCCCACGACCUUUAGGUGGCAUAUUCACAAUGGCUGUCAGGAACUCCAGUCUCGCCUCUUCUCGCCGCAAGUCGCGCGCCGCCCACUUCAACGCCCCCUCCAGCGAGCGCCGCGUUAUCCUCUCUGCUCCUCUCUCGAGCGAGCUCCGCGCCAAGUACAAUGUCCGCUCCAUGCCCAUCCGCAAGGACGACGAGGUCAUGGUCGUCCGUGGCAGCAACAAGGGCCGUGAGGGCAAGGUCACCAGCGUCUACCGCCUGAAGUGGGCCAUCCACGUCGAGCGCAUCAGCCGCGACAAGAGCAACGGCCAGAGCGUCCCCAUCCCCCUCCACCCCUCCAAGGUCGUCAUCAAGAAGCUCCACCUCGACAAGGACCGUGAGGCCAUCCUUGAGCGUGUUGGCAAGGGUCGUGAGGCCGCCAAGGCCAAGUCCGCUUAAAUCGGGGGAUUUUUGUGAGGUUUAGUUCAUAUCUGGCAAAUGGCAGUGAUAACGCGGGAGUUCCGGAAGACGCGAACAAUAUGGGAUCUUGCCUACAGUCGGGAUAUAUCUAUAAAACAUGAUGUAUUCUGAUGAAUGAAAAACGAAAAAUUCAAUUUCCUCUACCUACUUCAAUUCGGCACCCCCAGAGACUUUGCGUGUUCUAUCCGGUGGACUGGCUGCUGCGACCGUUUCCGGGGACUACCUUAUAUCUCCGGACGGAGCAGCAGAGCACGGUGCUUUCUCUAUCUCAGGAAUAGACAUUGGGAUAGAAGGUGUCGUCCAGACCUUUCGCCAGGCAGCACUUCCCGGCAUUGUGAAUCAACCCCAGUUUUGAAACCAUUGCACUCGUGAUUGUAGAGCGGUGCCGCCCCUUGUUCUUUCACAG